AUGACGGAAGAAUCCCGCGCUCGAUACUUCAAGUUUCUUUGCUUUGGGCCGGCAUUUGCAACAGCCAAUUCCAGCUUCAUCAACUUCUUCAUCCUAGCCAUGAUUCGAAUACCGACACUGCGACAUCUGGCGACCAAUUCGGCGCGCUUCGCUGCUCGCACCACCCAGCAGCGUCGCUGGGCGCAAGUCGUCGACGUCCGAUUCCACACAACGCAGCCUUCGCAAGUGAUCCUCGAGAAGUACCGCGAGAAACUCACCAAGAAGGCGUCACAGGAGGGCCAUGGAAGCAUCGAGGACCUCAAGGCAGCGUAUGCGGACAAAAUACAAGAACAGCGCAAGAAUGAUGCCGUAGACGUUCCUUCAAUAGAGGAUCUCUCCUCGGCAUCUAUCCCGCAGACCGAGGGCACGCCAGUCUCACAGCCGAAUCGCGGACCUGUGCCAUCUUCUUCCCCCAAGCCCGCUUCAAAGGCUUCCUCCGGCGAAAAGCCCGCCAUUAAACCCCUUGGCGAUAUCCUCGAUCUCGAAAAAGCCGCCGACCUGCCUGAGAAGGAACUCACAGCCAUCUGGCGCCUUCGCCAUGCAUCGUCUCCCCAGACGCUCUGCGCCGUCAUCCCUGCGCCGACAUACAAAGCGAUGGAGGACCUGGCACGCAGCAGUCCCUUCUUUGUCCUUCCGGUGCCGCAUGAGGAUCAGGGUGCAGAAAUGCACCUGUUGCAAUGGACCUUUGAUGCAGCAUCCAAGACCAGCACUGUUCUGUUCACCCAACUGGUCGAGUAUAAGACCAGAGGGGAGUUUGCGCAACCGCAUACCACAGUGACGCAUCACCUCGAUCUGGUCAAGGACAAGGGUCUGGUUCUUAUGCAGGGCCAGGUCAUGGAAGGGCGGGGUGUACAGCCAGACCACGCAAGAUGGCUGGUUAUGUGCUUGCAGCGAUUCUAUGGCGGAUGGGAGCAAAAGGGCGAUGAGCUGGAUGGACAGAGAAAAGAGAGAGCCGAAGAAAGAAAGAAAUUGCUUGAGUGGUUUACAAAAGGCGAUCCGAGAUUCAGCGUCGAGAAGCUGCUAGAAGAGGCGGAGAGAUUGGGAUGA